UUGUCCAACCUGGCAACACUGAUCCACGUCAGUCGCCCGCGGUUUUAUGUGUCAAACAUCCACGCAUCCACCGUUUGCCUUCUGCAUUUCGCCGAUGACUGGCGUCGCCCAGCAUGGGAGGCUCCUACGAUCUACAUAGCAUCGUUCGCAACCUGCGCUCAAACAAGGUCAUGGACCGCAAAAGAGCAUUCUCUGCAUUGAGGAUUGCAAUGAAGGACCAGAGCAUCCUUGCCUCCCUGGACAAGAACACGCUUGAAAAAGUCAGCCUAACCUGGGACUUUCUUGCUGGGAACAUCACCAAAGUCAUCGAGCAGGAGCUUAACAAGUGUACUGGACAAAGCAAGAACACAGUGGCUGGGCCUGAUGUGCUUGCUGCUGUCAUGCUGCUUCGAACAGUAGUUCAGCUGGCCAACAGAAGACAGUCGCUGCUGAGCCCACGGAAGAUAUUAGAGCAUGUCCAGCGGGUCCUGGCUGAGUGCCAGCAGCAGGAGCUGCAGGUGCAGUAUGCGCGCCUCCUCCGGCUGCUGCUGCUGCUCGGUGGGUGGCAGGCCACACUGCCGCCGUCCCUCUACCACGGUCUGGUUGAAGGAGUGUGCCGGCUGCUACGCUCAGACAAGGAGGACACUGAUGUGGUGGUGCUCAGUAGCACCUUACACCACCUGGUGACCUUGGGCUUCUACCAGGAGGAUGCCUGCCUUGAGAUUGUCCUCAGGACACUGGCUGGCUCCUUUGCCAGGAUCAGGGAGACAGGCACGGCAAGCCAAGUGGUUCUGCAGCUGUCCAGCCUGGUGGAAGUCGGUCGUCGACUUGGGGCCAGGAGGUGUCGAUUGCUGUGCACCCUAGGUGAGCCCCUGGUGCGGACCUUGCUACUCCUCGGCACCUGGAAUUCUCCACAAAUCAAGGUGCUGUCUCUAGAGUUUCUCGCCUUGCAGCUGAGCCUGCACAGCGGGAGCGAUGUGGACGACCAGAGUGGGUGGUUGUGCUUGCUCCGAGACUGGCAUUGCCUGCUGAUGCAGCAGCUGCAGGAGCGGGCUGCCUCAGUCCUCAACCAGCAGGAGUUGCAUGUGCGCAGAGCCCAGGUGUGGCUGGCUGCCGAGACACUGCACCAGCUGGAGCCACAGGGCACUGCCCUGCCCACUGCUGUAGCUGCACUGGUGGCUACAAGGCCGCCACUUGGCCGAGAUGUGCUGCCCAGGCUGGAGGUCCUUGCCUGUUACCUGUGGAAGUACCCGGAAACUGCUGGUCACAUGUUGCCCAGCCUUCAAAAGCUGCUGGAAUUUCUCACGCAGUGCUACUCAUCCUGUAAGCUGAUGGAUUUGAAACGCUGUGUCCUUUUGUGCUACCAUGGGGUAUCUCAUGCACUUGUGCCUGGCCAGAGACCACCAUGGCCCCUGUGGAAUGUAGUCUGGGAACAGACGUCCAAGACAGUCUUCCUGAACCAGUGCGUGGAGGAAGGCCAUCUGGUGCUGCAGGAGCUUCUGCGGAAACAGCUGGCGCCCUGUUCCGACCUUGGCUCCCUAUUUUGCCCAGGCCGACCACUCGAGCCCUCGGCCCUGCGCAGCUUGUGUGUGAUGCUGUGCCAAGCCACCCAUGUGGAUGCCUUGCUGCCCGAGAAGCACAGGUGGCGACUGUGGCUGCUGGAGCUGCCGGCCACUGUCCACCUGGGAUCUGUCCUGGUGUUGCGGGGUGAGCUGCUUGCUGCCUUGUGCUUGGCACGGCCGGCCACUGCCCUGGCCUCACAGUGUGUUCCACCUCAGGUUUGGCAGGACCCUUACCCCUGGAGGGCUGUUCUGGAUGCUGACCUUUACCAUCGGACUACUGCCGUUCCCCGCACAGACUCUGAUGCCACGGACACAGGCAGCGAGCGCAAGCCACUAGCGACUGUUGUCGAGACUGCCUGGGAGGCCACAUUGGACACACUGAUCAAACAGGGCCUGGCAUUUCUUGACUCCGCCGAGACGUUGCCAGCAUGCCUUUGUUCUGGGGCCAUGGGUGCCAUCUUACUAACACACAUGUGGCGACUACAAGCAAGGCAAGCCCUGUUCGACAGCCCUCUGGUCAAGCAGCUGCAGAGCUGCCUGCGGGACUGCAUGGAGAAGCUGGUGCACCAGCAACAGUGCUGGGAUGCUGCUUUGCUUUGCCUGCUGGAGUCCCUGCUGUCGUACGUGGAGGGGGGGCCAGCCCCGGCCUGUGUGUGGCUGCUGGGUGCCUUGCCACAGGAGCUCGAUGACCGCCUGCUCACCACCCUUCGAGCAGCUCUGGACUGCAUGGGUGGCGACAUUGGUGUCCGACUGCAUGGUGAUGUGACUGAGGGUGGCCAUGUGGACAGUGACGAGUGGGCUGAUGAAAGCCUGCCAUCAUCCAGUGUGACCUCUUCGCAGGGCUCGAGCGGUGGCGACUUUGAAUUUGCUGACACUGGACAGUCCAUCUGCUCUGACAUGUCUUCCACGGUGCUGUCGGCCGACCGGCUCACCCAGGAGGAGGUGCAGCAGCUGGCAGUGCUGCGCAUUGCCUUGUCCUACUUCUGCCUCAGCCGUCGUGCUGCUGCUGCUGGUGGUGCCUUUGGCCCAUUGCUCCAGCUGCUGCAGGAGGCAGCUCAAGGGCUCAGCGCAUGGAGCAUCCAGGCAGCAUUACAGGUGCUGCGGAUGCUGCUCGAACGGGCGGAGCUGUUGACUGAGGCCGAGCUGUUCUCACUGGUUGAUGCACUCAGGGAGCUGAUGAAAGUCCACUGUCGCCAGCUGGACGUGUCAGCUGCCCUGCUGGAGCUCGCAAGACUCUGCGUGCCGGCACUGAACCGCUGGGGGGCUGGCACCCACUCGGAGCUGCGCCACUGCUUCCUGGUGGUGCUUGAUGCUUAUGCUGCACUGCUCUCACAAGGAAUUCUCAACGAGCCGGUCUCCUUGGCAUUUCUGCGCCUUCUCUUAGAGUGCCUACAGGAGCCCAGCAGCUCGUGGGUGCGCCUCACGGUUGAUGGUCAGCCGGUCUCUGUGCUUCAGUACACUCUCCGCUUCUUGGGCAGCAGCCAUGAUUCCGUCAGGACACUGGCCGCUGAGAAUGUGGCUGUCUUCCUCAGUGGCCAACACCCAGCCAGCCUGCAAGCCUUGCUGCCACUUUUGUACAAGCAUCUUGAAGCUGACGUGAGCAGGGAAGAUGAGCACUACUCUGGGUGCCUGGUAUUUGCCACAGCACUGGCCAAUGCGGCCAUCGCCUUGGGACCUCACCUGGGUGGCAUGGCCACCACGCUGGUCCUUCAGGCAGUGCGAGACCGGGGCCUGCCAGACACUCUCGCUGCAAAGGUCCUUGGCUUUGCGCACAUCAAGCCCUGGGCAGAAGGUCACCUGCCUGCUGUAGUCUACCACUGGCUGAGACGGGGUCUCCCCUUGGCCGAGCUGCCUGUUGCCGCGCUUGGCUGCCCGUUGCCCACGCAGUUCUGGAAGUGCCACUGGGUUCGGGUCCUGCCAGCAGUUGUGGACUCCUGCAACAUCAGGGCUGUCCAGCUUGUGAGCGACAGCGUGGGCAUUCCUGUCAGGGAGUUGCUCCGGCAGGUGGCUCCCUCUGUGUUGAGCCGUGCAUUGCCCAACUCGGAGCCCCUGUGCUUCCUCCAGGAGCACCUGUCACCAAAGAUUGUAGAACAAGUUUUUGUGGACCAUCUUCCUGAGGUGCUGGUGUCUCUCCUGCACCUUGCCUGUGACAUUCCCACUCAUGCAGCCAGGCAGUCCCCCCACGAUGAGCCGUACCCUCCUUGCUUGGCUGAAGGCCAGGUGCAGGAGUGCCUGCAGCUUCUUGAGCACAGGUGCUGCGGGGAUCUUCUGGCGGCACUCUUGCACAAGCGGGAUGGUGUGCAGCUGGUGCUGGAAGGACUGCAGCAGCCUGCUGGCCCCCGCCUGGCUGCACUCAAGCACCUGGUUGCUAUGGUGUCUCAAGCCCUGGCAAGACCAACCGGCCUUGGGGGCUCAGAGUGCUUUGUGCUGCGAACGCUGACGAGGCAACUGCUGCAAAAGCUCCCGGCGCAAGGUGGUGCAGAUGACACUGUGAGGCUCGUGGCACGUCUUCUCCGACAGCUGUAUGAGGCUGCUCUGGUUUACAAGGAAGCUGCAAGAAACUUGCCACUCAUCAUUAAUGCCCUGGCACCAUUUGUCGAUGAUGAGAAUACUGCGGUGGAGGUGCAGCGCCUGGUGAAGAUCCUGCUAUCAGACGAACAGCUGGAAGCGCAAAUGCUGCUUGUGCUGCCACUCUACCGGGACUCCCUGGAUGCAGUGCAGCUGUGCCUCAAGCAGGGACACAUCACUCAGGUGCUCGCCGUGUUCGUCCAAUCGCUCAAGCAGGACCUUCUCAGUGGACACGAGGACAUUGGUACGCUGGUUGCACUUGGCAGCUUGCUCAAGCAGCGUCACGCUGAACUGCUGCCAGACACGCAGGGGAAGCUGUUUUUCACGGAGUCAGCCAGCUCGAGCCCCUUGCACCAGCUGGUGGUGGUCCUCUUCCAGCACGCCAAGUCCCCACACCAGCGGGUGAGAGAGGCUUCCCUGCAUUGCCUUGGCAUACUGGGUCCCAUCGAGUGGCACCUGCCGUGCCUGUCCACUGCACACUGGAACCCCAUCUCGGGCAUGGUGGACAAGCCAGCCAAGGGCUGUCAACACAUCACCUAUGCUAUCAUCUUCCGCACCAUGGAGCGUUACAUCAGCCAUCCUGACACCAAGCUGUCUAGUGUGGCGUGCCAGGUGAUCAAGUCUGCACUGGCGACACCAGCGGGCUUUGCCUUUGCAUCACAGCACAGGCAGGCAGAGGACAUGGAGGACACCUUUGCCUUUCUCCACCCUUUUGUGCCUUCGUGUUGCAAGGUGUGCCCACUGGAGGGCCCGUUCAGUGGAACCGACCUGUCCGAUUUGGAGUUGUGGGCACCCGGGGUGACCUGCGACCAUAAUGUCUGGAUCACCAAUCUGGUCUGCGCAAUGAUUCGGUGCUGCGAGGACCCUGUCUUGUGCGCUCUGCUGCCUCUCUGUGCGAUGGCGGUGGACCUGUGCGAGCUGCUCUUUCCGCUGGUGGUAGAGACAUUGUCGGCAGAUGAGGGAAGCAGCCACUGGAGUGCAGUCGUGUCGGGCAUGGCCAUCUUUCUGGAACGCCACGCCCAAGCACAGGUCAAGGACGAUGGCUCCUCCAAAGGAAGCCAGUCGACCAUCAUCCCUGAGCCAGUGAGCACCGACUUCACCAGCGGCCUGGUCUACUGCUGUCGGUCAUCUGUGGCUGUUAUGAUGUCAGCUGUGGAACGCAUGGUGGUUCGCCGAGAUGCAAAGGCCAGGACGCUGUGGGAGGGCCUGCGGCUCAGCCGCCUCAACUUCCUGCAGGCGGCUCAGGCUGCCGAGUUCUGCGGCCACCCCGUGGCUGCCGUGCAGUGCGUGGAGCUGUGGUGGGACUCGCAAGCCCGGAAACUGCCCUCCGACGAUGGAGGUGCCCCACUCCUGCACUGGAGUGCUGCGGAGGCAGCCCCAGUGCAAUCGGUGCUGGUGUCCUCUUUGUCGGGCCUCGGGGACCUCGACGCCCUGACCGGCUGCCGGUGCCUGGCACUGGGGGGACCGGCACACUUGCUGCUUUGGCGCCAUUGGGCAGAGCAGCAGGGCAGUCACUGGCCAACACUGCUGGCACGAGCUGACCUUGUGGCCACGGAACGCAACGCCCGCCUUGGCCAUGCCCUGAAGCAGUGCGGCCUCUACCACACGCUGACCGCCUACCUGGAGCCCAGUACGCCCGACCUGGCUGAGCUGCAGGCCGAGUGUGCUUGGCGUUUGGCUAAUUGGGACUGCCGCCUGCCCCACGACGACCACGGGUGUGGACACAUGGGACUACACCGUGGAAUCUUCACGACACUGUCCUCCAUGACUAGCCAGGACACUGAAGAAAUCUGCUCUGGACUGAAAGCCUGCAGAGAGCUGCUAAGCAGUCAGUUCUCGGCAAAGGCUCAGCUUGGCUCGACGCUGCAACUCAACCAACUUCUGGCAAAAAUGCAGAUGUGCACGGUCCUCGAGGAAGGUGUUGCCCUGAUGUGUGGCCACGUGGAUGAAGCGGUCCUGUUGGCCAGGUGGGAGCAGAGAGCAGCGCAGCGGGCAGUGCAGUUCGAUGUGGCCGAGCCAGUGCUGUGGCUCCAGAGUGUGGUGCUUGGCCAGCUGCACAGCCCGCAAGCAGAGGCUGUGCGCACCACCAUACUGGGGCACUAUGCAGGGCAGGCACGCAUCAGCCAACGUUAUGCGCUGGCACGUGUGGCACUGCGGCAGCUGGAGUGCUGUGCCCCUGACCAGGCAAGCCGGUGGCGGCUGGAAGAGGCGCGAAUCCAGCUAGCACAGGGCGACUGCACUGAAGCCCAGCACACCCUGUGGACCCUACUGCGGCAGCUGAGCCAGCAGCACGAGGAGUCUGGCGGCGUCACCAGCGCAUAUGCCGAGGUGCUGCAGCUGUAUGGAGAAUGUUUGGCCGAGUCUCGCUUGGAGAGCUCCGACACCAUUGCAAAGGAGUAUUUCGACAAGGCCGUGCAACUUCUGUCGGGGGGUGCAGAAGAUGCCUUGUGGGCCGCCCACCUGCGAUUGGCGCAGUUUGCCGACUCACAGUUACAGAGCAUAGAGCAAUACCUGCAUUCACCUGAGUUCAGGGCCAAGCAGGAGCUGCUGCAGCAGUCGUCACACAUACUGGACUGUACCCAGUCCUCUGGCAAGCGCACAUCCAUAGAGGAGGCCCGUGCCCUUCGGCUGCUGGAGCGCCAGAGUAACCUGGACCGGGGUGAGGCAGCCAGCCUGGAAGCUGUGCACAAGCGCCACCUGCUGCAAGCCAUUGACAACUACUUGCAGUGUCUGCGUGGAGGGCACAGCCUGCGUCUGUUCCGUCUGGUCUCACUUUGGGUCGCCAAUGCUACCACGCCUGAGGUUAAUGCCCUGCUUCAGCAAGGCCUUGGGAAACUGGAGAGCCACAAGUUUGUGCCCCUCAUCUACCAGCUGGCAGCUCGCAUGAGCCGACCCGAUGGAAGCACUUUUCCCGGGCUCAUCUUUCAGCUGAUAGAGCGUGUGGUGCGAGACCACCCGUACCAGACCUUGCCUGUGGUACUGGCACUGUGCAAUGCAGACAGGGACCCAACAGCAACAACCCUCCUUCUGCGACCAGCUAAGAAGGCCAAGACAAGCCUGGCCCCCACAGAGGACCGUGUGGAGGGUGCUCGCUACCUGGUGUCGCAGCUACGCAAGGGUGGCGAUCUCUGCUCCACGAUUCUGGGACCCCUCGAACGGCUCAUGGAUGCAUACAUUCAUCUAGCCUACUUGGACCCACCCAGUGUGCCACGAGGGCAGACUGCUGUGCGACUUCCCAGAGACACACCACUGCUCAAGUUGGGCCCGAUGGACCGUAUACCUGUGCUGACACAAAAUGUUGAGGUGGACCAAAGUGCCUCAUAUUGCAACCUGCCAGGAAUCCUGAGGUUUUCAACCGAGUAUCAACUGUGCGGAGGCAUCAACAAGCCCAAGGUUAUUACAUGUGUCAGCCACGAUGGCUCCAAAUACAAACAGCUUGUCAAGGGCCGUGAUGACCUGCGCCAGGAUGCAGUUAUGCAACAGGCAUUUGGCCUGGUCAACUGCCUGCUUGCUCACGGCCCUACAGCAACAGGGAGGCUGGCCAUGCGCACGUACAAGGUGGUUCCGCUGUCGCGUCGCAGUGGCCUGGUGCAGUGGUGCGAAGGGACGCAGCCCUUUUCAGAGUUCCUGCUCACACCGCACACGGGGGCCCACCAGCGCUACCAGCCACACGACUGGACACCUGUGGCUUGCCGCAACGCCAUGCAGGAGGUGCACAAGGGUGCUCCAGAGGAACGCCUUCGUGUCUACCAAAAAGUGUGCAGCCACUUCCGUCCAGUCUUCCGGUACUUUUUCUUCGAGCAAUUUCCAGAGCCCAGCCGUUGGUUUGAGCGACGCCGGGCAUAUGUCCAGAGUGUGGCCACAGGAUCCAUAGUCGGCUACGUGUUGGGACUGGGAGAUCGACAUUGUGCCAACAUUCUCGUCGACAAGCACUCGGCGGAACUGAUUCACAUUGACCUUGGUGUUGCAUUUGAACAAGGCCGUGUGCUUAACACACCCGAGACCGUGCCCUUCCGCCUGACUAGAGAUGUUGUGGACGGUAUGGGCAUCUGUGGUGUGGAAGGGACAUUCCGCAGAUGCUGCGAGCACACUAUGGAGGUGAUGCGGGCCUCCCGGGAGCUGCUGGUGACGGUGGUGGAGGUUCUGCUGCACGACCCGCUCUCCUCAUGGACCUUGAGCCCCGAACGUGUAGCAGCAUUGCAGACUGACGGUGACACCCUCCCCCCUCAGCGCCCGUCCCCAGAGUUGCCUUACAUGCAGGGCGACAACCGGCUCGCGCGGCGCAUGCUCCUGCGGCUGGAGCAGAAGCUGCGAGGCCUGGAGGAGGGCGCACCCUUGAGCGUGGCAGGACAGGUGAACCUGCUCAUCCAGCAGGCCAGGGACCCACACAACCUGAGCCGCCUGUUCCCUGGCUGGCAGCCCUAUGUCUGAGAGAGGGAAGUUCCAGCUGUACAUUUCACUACCUCGAGGCUGUCCCAGAGCUACCAUCAUCAUCAUAGGCUGCUGACUUGUGGUCCCUGAGCAAUGAUGGCAGCUGGCUGCACUUGCAUUGUUGAAAUUAUCCUGUCUGUUGCUUAGCCAAAUUGAAAUGGUGGCCAUAUUGGGAAGUUACCCAACGUGUUCUAUACUUAUUGAAGCAGCUGAAAUAAGAAAGUGCUCAUGGAUGUCUAAAGUUAACUGAAUACCAUGAAUAUUUCGAGCUGGUUCUUUCGUUUCUUUCUUUUCUUUUUGAAUUUGUGAAUUCAGCACUCUGAGAAAGCACCUUGCAAUCUUCUGUAUUCAAUUCUAAGCAGUGAAUUGUUUUGUUUUAUUAUAAUUAUUGUACCUGAAAAGCUUUGCUACAGAGUGAAUUUCAAGAUGCUGGAAAUUAUUGUGCUACAUGAAGGGUCAGGUGAAAGCAACAAGUGGUGUAAAGCCACUCUGUUGCCGAAAGAUGGCCUUGUAUACAGUGGCAACGCACAUUUGUGCUGUCUUCUCAGCUCCUAAAACAUUAGUGUCCUGUAUAGUCCAGUUCAUAAUAUGUCACACUAAUAAGCGACAUGCAUGCGGAAGAUGUCACACAAGCAUGUAGUGUGCCUUGCCGUAUCACAUGUAAGUUUAAGCUCUUGAUGUUGUCAUGUACCUUGUAUACAGUUAAACCUCCAUCUAACGAACUUCAAUAUAACAAAAUUGUUGUUAUAACAAAGUAUUUUAUUUUUCAUAACCUCUUGUCCACAAAACGCCAUGUAUUCAGCACCUCAAUAUAGCGAAGUGCGUUUGUAUGUGAUUUUAAUAUAACGAACUUUCACUGUUACCGCAAAGGAAUGCCGAGACAAUAAACUGAAACUGCCACGGACGCAGAUGGCCAAGUGAUUGAAUUACAAACGGCUGUUUGCAAACGCGCCUGUCAAAUCAUACUCCGCGCGACAAGAGCGUUGGCCGAAGUGGAGCCACAUCAUGUUCCAUAUAAAGUACAUGAGUGAUAAAAUCCUAUCGUGCCCCGCACACUGUGCCCUGUAGGUGCAAGUGUUAGUGUGCGAGGGUGAGACAAGAUGGUGGCUUCACGAGUGCUGCCUUCCCGCACGAGCGAAAGGGAAAUAGGGGAAAGGAGCAAGCUUGGCAGUAACGUGAUCAAGCACAGGCGAGGGGAGUAGUGGGGGGUAAGUUAGCGCUCGUCUCGAUUUCUGGCGCGCAUCUCAGCCGUGGCUGCGCAUGGCUGUAAGUGCGACUGAGCGCAUACGCAGCCGUGCACCCCACUUUAGAGGUGUCUGCCGUGUUGGCAAAGAUUGGGCGUGCCGAGGAGGCGUGGAAUCAUGUAAGCCGUCUUCCCGCGCAUUUAGUUUUAGAGAUUGCGUAAUCUUGAGUUUCGGCGACCCGUUGGAGCUAGAGGCAGACGAAGCAUUCGCUCCCCGCUGCCAGCGCUUUUCAUGAUAGCGUCUUCCCUCUGCGAGUGACGCUAUCAGCCACGGGAGUGGAGUGUAUGCAAAAGUGUGGCUGGCUUCGCAUAAUUCGUACUGCCGCUGUGAAUAUAUCGCCGACGUGAUAUGAAACCACAUCAUUCAUUGCUGACUCCCAAAUUCAUCAAAAUGGAUUGUUUUCUCAUUCAAAUUUGCUUUCUUCGAUUUCCCGAUAAUUGGAAAAAUUAUGUGGUACCUUUCUUUGAUCGGCAACUGUAAUUAUUUGCAUAAAAGGUCGAAUUUCAUUAUAAUGAAGUUUCGAUAUAGCAAAGCAAAGCGCCAAUUUUGCGCACUUUCCUACACAGAGGUUUAACUGUAUUUUGUUUACGCUAUAAUCCUGUCUUUUUAAAAAAGAUCUGUUGAGUGCAUCUUCACCUUACAGUUGUCACUCGUACAUAUUCAUGCAGAUGUGAUGUUCCUACUUGAGUGUACUAACUGUAACAUCUUUUUUCGUUAAUUCAUACUCAACAGAGUUUUGUGCCACCAGCCAGUGGAUGUGAUUCUGCUGAGGCAGUUGUGAUAUCUGCACUUAUUUGUCUAUUUGUGGGCUGUGUUCUCAUGUAGUGGUAGCAGCCAUUGUUACCACUUUAAGCUGUGCCUUAACAUUCUCCUUUAAUGCACUUUGAUCUCGCUUCAGGCAUUAGACAACCAAGAGCCAAAUUAGUCGAGGAUUGGUGGACGUUGUAGUUUUUCCUUGUUGAGGCCCUGCUGAGAAAAAAAAAGCUCAGCUGUGCCAGGAUAUUGUGUUGUGCAAGGUCACCAACCCAUGAUUUCUUGUAAUUUUGGUGUUGUUAUCAGUGGUUAUGCUAGGAGAAUGGCAGCAAACUUGAAAAAGGGAAAAAAAUCGAGAGGCAGGCAUAGUCAAAGCAACAGGCAUAGUCAACGUGACAGGAAGGUGGCUUGACUAACAACUGAGGUUUAUUCAUAAAAACAACAUCCCCCAAGUCUGUACUGAACAUGCGCAAAGCAAGACAUGCCAUACAUGUGAUAAUCACUUUAACUUUACACGGCGACACAGAUAAAGAAAUUCAAGCUCUUAGGAACAUCAAUGGUACCCUCUCACACUUCUCGGAGCCAAGUUUAUAGAUGUUGAUUGAAGCUUAUCACAUCUAUAAACUCGGCCCCGAGAAGUGUGUAAACACCUUCUGAAAGUUGGUGGUUAAUGCUGUUGUUUGAACUGCACAGUACAUUGUUCAUGCAUACAUUGUUCAUGCAUAGAUUCUUACAAGUUCUUGCAUUUAAUCAUCUUUUUUUUUGCUUUUACACUUACUAUUAUAAUCUCAGCUGCUUGCUACCAAAAGACUAAGCAAGGAAACCAUUUCUUUACUACACUUGAGGUCACAAAUUUGCCACACUUUGCACUUUAGAAUUGUUUUGAAUUUGUUUAACUAUUUAUUAAUUUGAAGUGCACUUUCCUAUGUUGCGAUUGUUUACAAGACUGUUCUUUCUCUUAUAUUCAUUAAGGCCAACCAUUUUUCUAUUGUUUGCAAGACUGUUCUUUCUCUUAAAUUUAUUAAGGUCAACAAUCUGAUCAUUUCAUGCCUGCUUAGGGGGUCCUGAACCACCCCUCAAGCUAAGUUAAGAAACACAUUUCACGGCUAGCAUAUACUGUUGUGAAUAUCUCGGACAAAUUUUGCACUUGUGCACAGCGUGUGGGACUCGCAAGUGGAGUGUGAAUUCACCUUUUUGUCCAGCACUCUCGUCAGUAAAAGCCUUCUCACCUUUUUCAAGGGGCUGCUGGCUGCUGCCAUAUUUCAUCAUAUAGCAGAUUCCCAUACACGGCUGCAAUUGGCUGAGAUCAAACAAGAAGCAUGAGUCAACUGUCGUCUGUUCACACUUGGUUGCGCCCACCCAUGUAGGAAUGAAAUUUUGGCCGCAGUGCUUAUCGGGUAUCGUCGCCGUUGGCUCUCACUAAUUUUGAUUAGGCGGGAACACUCAACUAGCCUUGAACUAUGUGAAACUUAAGGCCAGACGACACAAACGGUAUGCCCACUGCACCUCGCGAUGAAAUGCAGUUAGCAUCUACAAGGAGCACGCGCCAGUGCGCACUCACUUCUGGCUACUCCUGGCUAGAUAUGCUUCAUAUUGAGCUCCAUACUGAGUGCUAAAAAGUGCGCUAUCUGGAUUUGCCUACUGUCCGUGCAGGCAAAGUCGUUCUGCACUACAUAGUAUGGCCAGGCACACAAGCCUACUCUCCAUCUCUGCUGUGCAACUUAUAAUUUCGCGUAGCCAAAUGUAACUGCAUCUGCUGUGUAGCAUAAGCACCAAGGCCACCACGGCGUACCACGAUCAGCCCACUCGCUGCAAUGCUUUCUGUGGGUAUUGCUGCUCUAUCGCCACCUCUACACUCUUUUGGAAUGGAGGUUGUUGAGGGCAAAUUGGGGGAAGGGUGAAUACCGUGCUCGAAGUAUUGGUGCUUGAUCUAGGUCCUAUUGAAAAAUUAUUUCGCUAAUAUAUCUUUGGGGUAUACCAUAGACUUUCAAAUAUAUUUUUGAGACUUCAAGGAAAUGUGGUUCAGGGCCCCUUUAACAUGCUUUGGCUUUUCUUAGUUAUCCUAAUGUCUCAGGGAUUUCUCAUAAUGCUGAACUUAUUUUGGUUUUUAUGUGCCUGAACAUGUUGUUAGCAACCUGUGGCAUUCGCUUGGUUCAUGGUGUAUUUUACUACAAUCUGUAUUUGCCAUUUAGUAACCAGUGACAGAUUUUCAUCGGGUCCUUUCUUUUCUGUUUUGUCCAACGUUUCAGAAGAUACAGACCCUACAAC